AUGGGUUUGUAUCUUCUUUUGGCGAUUUUAGCGUUUGAUUUGGUUGUAAAUGUUUCCGCCAAUGCGGAAGGUGAUGCUGUGUAUGCAUUAAAAACCAACAUGGCUGAUCCUAACAAUGUUCUCCAAAGUUGGGAUCCUACCCUUAAAAAUCCCUGCACUUGGUUUCAUGUUACAUGCAACCUUAACAAUACUGUGAUCCAUAUUGGUCUUGGAAAUGCAAACCUUUCCGGUAAUCUGGUUCCACAGCUUGGUCAGCUCCCAAAUUUACUGUCCUUGGAACUUUAUGACAAUAAUAUAACUGGAGCAAUUCCAAAGGAGCUUGGAAACUUGACAAGUUUGCUUAACCUGAGUCUUUCCAUGAACAGAUUAAGCGGUCCCAUCCCAGACUCAUUGGGCAACCUUAAAAAGCUACUUGUUCUGCGUCUCAACAAUAACAACUUGUCGGGAAACAUUCCUAUGUCCCUGACUACGAUGGCUUCUCUGCAAGUCCUUGAUCUCUCAAGCAACCAGUUAACAGGAGAUAUCCCAGUGAAUGGUUCAUUUGCACGUUUUACUCCCAGGAGUUUUCGGAAUAAUCCAGGAUUAAAUCCACAAAAGUUCCCUCCACCUCCACCAAGGUUUCAAAUCGCACCAAUUCCUUCAGUCUAUAGUCACAUAAAGGGACAAUAG